AUGUACACUUUUAUAGCGCAUGGUGGAAAGGAGCAGGGAGACUAAAAUCUUAUUGUACCUGCCCCUUCUUAAAAAAAAGAAGGAAAAAAAAUGAACCAACCACCCAUAAAAAAGUAAAAUAAAAGCAAUAUUCUUUCAGUCACAGACACAUACUGAAACAUGAGACCAGAACACAAUCAAAAGUCAAAAGUCAACUUCAUACUGUUCCUUUCCAAUUCCAUUGAUAUAGCAUAGUAGCUAAUGGACCCCUCUUACAGCAGUGUAGAUAAAGAUCCCACAGGUUAUGGUUAAAAUAAUAAAUAUAUAUAAUAAAUCGGCUGCUAUACAUGCUAGUGCUAAAAUGCUGACUCAUGCUUGUGUUUUAGGACUGAUUCCCGCACCGCUGUAUCUCCCCGGUCCUCAGACAGCCUGAGUCCGCCCCUGCCCUCCUCUCCGCGGGCUCUUUAAGAGGAGGAAGCCGCUCUGCAUCUGCUGAUCCGUGGUUCCUCCUCCUCCUCCCUCCCUCCUCCUCCUCUCCCCGGCCCGCAUGCUCCACAGCUCUGCCUCAGCACCGACAAACAGCCGGUGCAUGAGGAUCACCUGCAGCACAAUAACCGGGACAUUACACCGUCAUUAUGGAUCCCCGGUAACCGGAGGUACGAUGCACCGGGCCCGCUGUGCGCCUCCUCCCCGGGGCUGAGCAGGUGUUUCCAGGCUGAGCUGCGGAGCGUCUGUCCUGCAGGUUUUGUUCUGCUCAGCCAUGACAUGUUGUGUGGGAUGGACCUCCUUUAGUGUCUGUGUGUCUGAGUGCUGGUCGGUCCGGUUCUGCAGGUUCUGAGAGAGGAAGCAGGAUAAAGAGACCCUGGAGGUCAGCAUGUUCUCCCCCCCGAAGAGGGAGUCGAGCCUGGGGGAGCUGCCGAUGGAGAGCUGGAUGUCCCUGCUGCCCCCCCCUCUCUGGGACACCCCCCUAAACCAGCUGGCCAUCCCCGGAAGCCACAAUGCGAUCACGUACUGUCUGGAUAUGAACGACCGCUCUCCGGUGGACCUCACGCAGCCCGACCUGCUGCAGAAACUCGACAAAUUCAUGAAGCCUCUCAUCCGGCCCUUUGUCUACAAGUGGGCCAUCACACAGGAGGUCGGCAUAAAGCAGCAGCUGGACUCGGGGGUCAGAUACUGUGACCUGAGGAUCGCUCACCGACCCAACGACACGUCCACGGACCUCUACUUCUACCACGGAGUGUACACCGCGCUCACUGUGGAGGCGGUGCUGCUGGAGAUCAGGCAGUGGAUGGACGCUCACCCCCGGGAGGUGCUCAUCCUCUCCUUCAGUCACUUCCUGGGCCUGAGCCCGGAGCUGCACAUGCUGCUGAUCAGCACCAUUCGCAGCGUGUUCGCCUCCAAACUCUGCCCCAAAACGGAGGUGUUGACCCUGCGUAACCUGUGGACCCGGGGCCUCAGUGUGAUCGUGUCCUAUGAACACGUGCUCUCCUGCAGCAGCGCCGACCUCUGGCCUCACAUCCCGUACUGGUGGGCCAACAAGUGCCGAGCCGAGGAGCUCAUCCAGGUGUUCGAGAGCCGCAAGCAGAGCGGCAGGCCAGGGGGUUUCUUCGUCACAGGCAUGAACCUGACGGAGGACCUGAAGUACAUCUGCACCCACCCCACAGAGUCCCUGAAGGACCUGGUGGUGUCCACCUACCCCCCCCUGCUCAGCUGGGUGCAGCAGCAGAGCCCCGGCUGUGAGGGGGGCUCGCUCAACAUCAUCGCCGGAGACUUCGUCACCGAGAGGGGCUUUGUGCCCACCGUCGUCUCUCUGAACGAGAAACUGCUGAAACACUCCUCAUGACUGCUCUCCAAUAAUUAAACACACACACACACACACACACACACACACACACACACACACACACACUGGAAGAACCACGGCAUGUUUGGUGGCUAGGGAACGGACUUGAUUUAUUCUUUUCAAUAUAAAAUGCACUGAUAAGUAGGAUGUAUAUUUUAGACUUUUUAAUAUUUCCACUUUUGUUUACAUUCACUAUUUAUGCAAAUGUCCUGUAUCAGAUUUCACGAGUCGGCAGAGUUUUAUGUUACCAGAGCAAUAAUAGUAAUAACAGCAACAACGCAACUAAUCUCACCUUUUACUUUUUAAGUAAGCACAAGCGAUGUAUUCAAGCAGCACAUGUGAUUGUAACGUAGGUCACACACUUUUAUAACUCUGACGUGUCAGCACUGCAGCAGCUAGGUGUACUGUAUUUAUCCUCCGAGAACGUAGAGUAGACUUUACACUCAUGCAAAAUGCAUGGGAAACUUAUUUGCAUGAACCCAACCUCUGACUGUUUUACUCACAAGCUGACUCAACAGGUGAGGCCUUGUUUUAAAUAAUGCUGCGCGGCGCCGCUGUGCCUGUGGAGAUGAGCUUUUCAAAUAAACAUGAGCGUUUUUUAAUCGA